AAAAUAAAUUAAUACAACAAAAAUAAAUCAAUCAAUCAUCAAAUCUUCUCAUCACACAAAGAAAAGUAAGCGCAAACAUUAUUCUCUCAUCAGCGGCGAUCUCUUCUUCCCCUUAUUCAACCCUAUUUUCCGAUCUCAGGUUUGAAUUUUAGCGUAAUUAAUCAUGUUUGGUGUCGCAAGACGAAGGGUUGCUUCUGUUGGCACAUCUUCGUUGCUUGGUCAGUCAGGUCUGAAAUUCAGGUCUGGUCCUGCUAGAGUUUCUUCCAUUUUGGAAAAAGAGAUUGCAAUAAGCUCAGGAGGAUGUGGAAAUAUCCGGAAUUUCUGUCAUAUAAUACCUGGACGCUGGAUUAAUUCAAAACCAAUAAGUGACAUUUUUCAUCAAGAGGCUUCAAUUCAAACAUGGAAGCGUUCAUUUUCUUCGGAUAGUGGAGAUAAUGUUGAUGUUGUGGUCCCUCCAUUGGCUGAAUCCAUCGAGGAUGGGACUCUCGCAAAAUUUCUGAAGAGGCCUGGUGACAGGGUUAAUGUUGAUGAACCAAUUGCUCAAAUUGAAACAGAUAAGGUGACAAUUGAUGUUACGAGUCCUGAGUCAGGUGUCAUUCUAAAGCUUCUAGCCAAUGAAGGAGAUACUGUUGAGCCAGGUCACAAGAUAGCAAUCAUUUCAAGGUCUGCUGAUGCAACUCACGUUGCGCCAUCUGAGAAUGCACCUGAGAAACCUGCUCCUAAGCCAACUCCAAAGGCUAGUGAGCCAGAGAAGAAAACUCCUAAAGUUGAAACUACUCCAAAGGCUAGUGAGCCAGAGAAGCCUAAAGCACCUGCUCCGUCAAGCUCUCCAUCUGAGCCACAACUUCCUCCUAAGGAUAGAGAAAGACGAGUUCUUAUGACAAGGCUUCGGAAGCGGGUUGCUAUACGAUUGAAGGAUGCCCAAAACACAUAUGCUAUGCUGACAACCUUCAAUGAAGUUGAUAUGACUAAUUUGAUGAAGCUCCGUGCUGAUCAUAAGGAUGCUUUUGUUGAAAAGCAUGGAGUCAAAUUGGGACUUAUGUCCGGGUUUAUCAAAGCUGCUGUCAAUGCUCUUCAAUAUCAACCGAUUGUAAAUGCAGUCAUUGAUGGGGAGGAUAUUAUAUACAGAGAUUACAUCGAUAUAAGCAUAGCUGUUGGAACUCCAAAGGGACUUGUUGUGCCUGUUAUCCGCAAUGCUGAUACAAUGAACUUCGCGGAUAUAGAAAAACAGAUCAACACUUUAGCCAAGAAGGCUAAUGCUGGAGCUUUAUCAAUUGAUGAGAUGGCUGGAGGCACUUUUACAAUAUCAAAUGGUGGUGUUUAUGGCAGUCUUUUGAGUACACCUAUUAUCAACCCCCCUCAGUCGGCAAUCGUGGGUAUGCAUUCCAUAGUUACCCGUCCAAUGGUUGUUGGAGGAGUUGUUGUUCCAAGGCCAAUGAUGAACAUUGCUCUAACAUAUGACCAUAGAAUCAUUGAUGGAAGAGAGGCAGUGUUCUUUUUGAGACGCAUCAAAGAUUGCGUGGAGGACCCUCGCAGGCUUUUGCUCGACUUAUAAAGUGAAUCUCAAAGUCAAUUAAGUAAAUUAAACCUCUUAGAAUUCUAAUACCAUAAUGGGUACCCUUUUGUUUGGGUCUUGAAUUUGCGGCGUGAUUUACAGUAUUUAUUGAGCAAGCUCUUUAGGAUCAAAAAUCUCAAUUUAUUUGACAUAAACUUAGCAUGUUUGUACUUCCCUUUCACCACCUAUAUCCCUCUCAAACUAGAGAGGGUUACAGUUUUUGGCUCAUAAAUUGUAUUUACUACGAAGCAUAUCAUGGGAUUCUCCGUGAAGCAAUAAUGCGAAUUAAUUUCAUUGUACUUUUCACUA